GCUGGCUUUGCCACGAUGGCGCGGUUCCCACGGGUCCCCUCUCCAAAUCCCCGCCUGGCUUGGCUUGGCUUUGGCGGGGGAGAAAAAGAAGGAGGAGGAGAAGAAGUGAUCCCCGCAGUGGCUUCUUCGGAGGGCUACCACCCCACUGUCACCCUGGCGCUGCGUUGUUUGGACGGCGUGUUCCUUUCUCCUAUGGAGAAUGACUUUGUCGACAAAAUCAUGGAGGAACUGGACCACUUCCUGCUACAGAACCAGCUGGAAAAAGUCCUCUUAUUUCCUCCUCUAUCUAGUCGCCUGAGAUACUUGAUCCACCGAACCGUUGAUGACGUUGAGCUCCUGAGCAGCUUUUCUGUUGGAGAAGGAUGGAGGAGAAGGACAGUGGUCUGUCAUGCAGCAGUCAGGUUGCCGGAUGAACCAGAUUGCCCCAAUGGUGCUGUUGAAACUUCUCACUUCAACCACCCUCCCCAUGCCAGAAGCAGAGGGAGCCGAUCCAGAGGAGGACCACGGCAGAUGGAAGCCUUGGCCAACAGUACCCAAACCCGAAGAGGAAAUGGCCGGGCUAGAAGGCAGCCCCCCAAAAAGCCAGACAGAGCUCUCUAUGUCCCCAGGGCGAUGAGGAAGAAGCUGGAGGACACGGGACAGGGUAGCUCCCUGGAAGCAUUUGAGAGUGGGUUGCAUUGUAUGAGCACCAACAAAGAGGAAAGUCAAACAUCUGGCAGUGAAAGGAUUCCAGAGGGACACAGGUUAUCCAAGAUGGAAUAUGAAAACACAAAGUCCCAACCCCCACCCAAGCAAAGACAUUCUGAUACGGAGCCUGCCAAUCAAAGUGGCAGAGGUGCUCUGGGCUGCCCAGAUAUGUCUCUUUGGAAGGACGCACCAAGGGCAUCUUACCUGGAGAAGCAAGAGAAUGUGAAGGUGGCCACAUUGGUAUCCAAAAGUAGUCCAAACCUAUCUGAGAUAGACCCCCAAAGCAAAGAUGGCCGAAAUGUUUUUGUCCCAGAAAGCGGUGAAAACUCAGGUCUUCCCGAAGAACUGAUGGAGACUUUCGUUGAUGCUCUUUCAAAACUAAGUGGACAUUCGACUUCGCCUGAAGGCCAGAAGUUCACAGCUCCAGAGGUCCAAAAGUUGAGCACAAAGCCACUCUUUCUUGGAGAUUUGGAUAAAAGCAGCCAGGAUUCCAUUCUGUUAGAAAGCGACACAUUCCCGUCCCUUCCUGGAAACGGUGGGACGGACGCUUCAAAUGCUUUUCUGUUGAAAUCUAGUCAGGACUUACCCCUCUUUGAAAAUGACCACAGGACAUGUCUAUGUGCCGAUGGAGGAGAGGAGUGCAAACUUCUCCCAGAACUGGGAACGAGGACUGUAGAGUCCUCCAAGGACUACAGUGAGUUGCCAGCGGAAACCCAACCUCAAGAUUGCACCGUUGACCUUCCGUUGGAGUGUGGCCAAACCCAGCCAUCUGGACUCAUUAAGGAGGACUUCUUGAGGUGGGACAGUUGCAAAACCCCAUCUCGGCUCAAUCCUCAAGCUGAACCCUACUUGCACACCUCUAUCCCCAGUCCCCACAAAGCCAAGCUACACUUUGAAAGCCAGAAGAAAGAGUCGGUAGGCCUGGAGGGACAUCAGUGGCCGGGGGUCGAGCUGUCUGCUGGGGAUAGGAGCACCGGAGUUUCUUCGGCGGAAGGGAAGAGCAGCAUAUUCGAAGACGAUUGUGGGACGGAACUCUUGCAAGAGAUCACAAAUUAUUUGACCAUAAAAGACAUAAGCAUUGAGAAGAUUCAGUUUGAUUAUUCCAGCUAUGGGGAGGCACAGAUCAACGAAGGAGAUUUUGGCCACGUGCUAGAGAUCUAUGAUUUUUCCCCAUUGCUAAAAACAGAACAUCUUAUGGAGGCCUUUGCAGAUUUCCAAGAGAGUGGAUUUAAGUUGCAAUGGGUUGAUGACACUCAUGCCCUCGGGAUCUUUUCCAGUUUGGCAGCAGCAUCUCAAGCCCUGGAGCAGAACUAUACCUCCGUCAAAAUCCGGCCUCUGAUCCAUGGAACGAGACAGUCGAAAAUUAAGGCACUUCAGCGUCCAAAGCUCCUUCAGCUGGCUAAAGAAAGACCCCCAACAGAUACAGCAGUAGCCCGACGACUAGUAACCAGAGCCUUAGGAUUACAGCGCAAAUAUCAGCAGAAUUCAGGCUGCCAAGGAUUGGAAUCGGCAACCACCAACCUGCCAGAUUAAAACCAGAGUGGUUUGAAGUGACUUUGGGGUGGCAUUAAAACAAUGUAUACAACUGUGUGAUGAUGGCGGGUCUCAUCUGUUCUUUUUUUUUUUUUUUUUUUGGGUUGCGUUGGUGUUAUUGUUGUUGUUGUUUUGAAGUAACGACAGGCCGGUGGCAAUAAUCACAACUUGAUGUGUGUUGGAACUGGAAAAUUCCCAAGUUGGUUUGGGAAGUUAAUCCGUGGGAAUUGAUGAAUGGGACGGAGGCCGAUCCGGGAAGGCUCCACAGGAGGGCACUGUAGCCUAAGAGAAGAGCUUCGUCCGCCAACUCAAAGGAUUUGCCAGAAAUACCUUGAUUGAACACCUUUGUUAGCAUGGAAGUGAUAGGACCGAUUAGUUUCUGAAACCUGUUUUUUUUAAACCGCUCUGCAAAAAGUUGGCUGCAACUAGCAUCUCAUUGCCGUCAACGAGACAGAAUUAAAAUUCUUUCAAACUGGUAUCAAA